UGAGUUUGGACAGUCGUUCAUUUUCUUCCUCCUCUAACCUUACAUUAGCCUUUCUUUCUUUCUAUGUUCUCUCUAUCUCACUCUCAUCUCACUUUCUUUUCUUUUCUUUUCUUUUUCCGAAUCUGAAAUUUUUCCUACAAAAUCCACUCCCUGUCCUCAAAGACAGAUCCGAAAGUGGAUGCCAAAUUUAUUAUCCCUCUUCGCCCGAGAUUAUCGUACCCAUUAGAUUCCUCUUCUUUCAUCCUUCUACACUUUCCUAAUUUUUCACAGUAUUCGAUGCUGUAGAGCACAAUAUAGUUUAUCUACACACUCUUACUCCGAUUUUUGUCCUACCCUUUUCGCUAUUUUAUCUCUUUUCUCCGAAGAAGAGGAAGAAGGGGUUUCUUUGAAUGAUCCCCAGAAUCGCGUUUGUGCUUUGAUUCAACGAGCAAUGGGUGUUUUGUAGAUUCUAGUUUUUGAUCUUAUUUUUGCUGAUCAAAUUUUUAUUUGUUGUUGAUUUUUGAGGUAUUGGGGUUAGCAUAGCCUGAACUUUUGAGUUGUUGAAUGCACUUUGGGAUCUCUGUGUUAGUGAUAAAUCUCUGUGGAUCUGAGAUUGUGCUGUAAAUAAAGGUGAAUCGUUGAUGAAUUACUCGGAUUAGGCAAACAAAGUUUUUUUUUUUUAAUUGAGGUGUGUAGUUGAGUGCUUUAGUAAUAUAAUAAGGAUCAAGAGAUUGGGCUUGUAUCAUGGAUCAUGUUAUUGGUGGAAAAUUCAAGCUUGGGAGGAAGAUUGGGAGUGGAUCGUUUGGAGAGCUUUACUUAGGUGUUAAUGUGCAAAGUGGGGAGGAAGUGGCUGUGAAGCUGGAAUCUGUGAAGACCAAGCACCCACAGCUUCACUAUGAAUCAAAACUAUAUAUGCUUCUUCAAGGGGGAACUGGUAUACCCCAUCUAAAAUGGUUCGGAGUUGAGGGUGACUACAAUGUCAUGGUUAUUGAUCUCCUUGGGCCAAGUCUUGAAGACUUGUUUAACUAUUGCAAUAGAAAAUUAUCCCUGAAAACAGUUCUGAUGCUGGCAGAUCAGCUAAUAAACAGAGUUGAAUACAUGCACUCCCGGGGUUUUCUGCAUCGCGAUAUAAAGCCUGACAACUUUUUAAUGGGUUUAGGCCGCAAGGCAAAUCAGGUAUACAUAAUUGAUUAUGGCCUGGCAAAAAAGUAUCGGGAUCUUCAAACUCAUAAGCAUAUACCAUACAGGGAAAACAAAAAUCUCACUGGAACUGCUCGGUAUGCAAGUGUUAAUACUCAUUUGGGAGUUGAACAAAGCAGAAGAGAUGAUCUAGAAUCUCUCGGAUAUUUGCUCAUGUAUUUUUUGAGAGGAAGUCUCCCAUGGCAAGGCUUGAGAGCUGGCACUAAAAAGCAAAAAUAUGACAAGAUAAGUGAGAAGAAGAUGCUUACUCCAAUAGAGGUCUUAUGCAAGUCAUAUCCAUUGGAGUUUACAUCAUACUUCCACUACUGCCGAACGUUGCGGUUUGAAGAUAAGCCUGAUUAUUCUUAUCUUAAGAGACUAUUUCGGGACCUAUUCAUCCGAGAAGGUUAUCAGUUUGAUUAUGUAUUUGAUUGGACUAUGCUGAAGUAUCCUCAAAUUGGAUCCAGUUCUAGAGCCCGACCAAGUGGGAAACCAGUCAUAAACCCCGGACAAUCAGGAGAGAGAAUAGAACGGCCUUCAGGGGGUUUCUCAGGUGCUGUUGAGGCAUUUGCAAGGAGGAAUGGCUCUGGACUUGUUCUGCAAAGUGAGCAUUCUAGGCAUAGGUCUUCAGAUGAUGUGCCAUCUUCCAAAGACGUGCAAGCUGAUUCUGAGAGGCCUCGCAGCUCUUCUCGUAAUGGCAGUUCUUCAAAAAAGCCUGUCUUGUCAAGCAGCCGGCCAAGCUCUUCUGGUGAGCCAAGUGAAAGCCGUACUAGCCGACUGGUCUUAAGCAGUGGCCGACUAUCAACAACUCAGAGACUUCAACCUGGUUUUGAAUCCAAAACAUCUUUAUCUCGGGCUUCGGCAACAAGAGGUGGUCGUGAUGAUACACUCAGGAGCUUUGAACUCCUGUCACUUGGUUCAGGAAAAAGGAAAUGAAGAACUGUGUGGUCAGCAGAUUUCUUGUGUCAAGGGUCUUAGUUCUGCCCUGAUACUUUCCUUUGAGAUGUCUACACAUGUUGAUUACUCUGUAUAUUUCUAUCCAAUGUUGGGUCCUUCAAGGCUAAAAAGCUCAUUGAAACUUCUUGAUGAAGAUUUGGCAGACUCUUCUUAUACUUCUUCUGAUGUUCUUCCAUGAUUAUUUCAGCAGGGACUCAUUCAUGAAGAGAUACUAUGUUACUUAAGGAAUUUGUUAAUAUAUGGCUACUUGUAAUAAAUACAUUCUUUAUUUUUCUGUCGAAGGAAAGGAGAAGCAUCUGCAAAAAUGCUUUUGGAUGUUUUGCACCCUUCUAUGCAUAUUUUAUACCCGUCUAUUUUGUUCCAAUGUACAUUUGAGGGAAUGGAAAUGUCAAUUGUUGGCUCCGAUUAUGGAUAAGAGAAUGGAAAGGCAUCAUAUUUGAAUUCA